GUCUGACGGUGACAGGAAAAUCUCUCCAGGAGUCACAAACAGCGGAUUUCUAAACAUUACAUUGCGUCUCAUUCUAAUUAAUACUUAAAAACCAAAAGCAACAGUUUGCACCAGCAUCGAUUGCCGAGAAUGGGAUCUAAAGAUGUGAAACUAUUGGACGUUUUUUCAUACGAGAGUCUCGUGCAUGCAGUCGCCGGUGCAAUGGGCAGCGUUACUGCUAUGACCGUUUUCUUUCCUCUUGACACCGCUCGACUCAGGCUGCAAGUUGAUGACAAGAGGAAAGCCACGUCCACUCCAGCCAUUCUAGCUGAGAUCAUGAAGGAGGAGGGUCUGUUAGCUCGAUAUAGAGGCUGGUUUCCAGUUAUCUGCAGUCUCUGCUGCUCGAACUUCGUUUACUUCUACUGUUUCCAUAGUCUGAAGGCCACCUGGCUACAAGGUCAGAGGUCAACGCCCGGACGAGACCUUAUCAUUGGCAUCUUUGCAGGUGUAGUGAAUGUCCUUGUAACCACUCCGCUCUGGGUGGUCAAUACCAGACUCAAACUGCAGGGGGCGAAAUUCAGAAAUGAGGACAUACAGCCCACACACUACAAAGGAAUUAUCGAUGCAUUUGCGCAGAUCAUACAGCAGGAAGGAGUGGGAGCGUUGUGGAAUGGUACCUUUCCCUCCCUGCUGCUGGUGAUGAAUCCGGCUGUGCAGUUCAUGAUAUAUGAGGGUCUUAAGAGGCAGCUUAUGAGAGGAGUGCACAGAGAGCUUUCAUCUCUGGAGGUGUUUCUUAUUGGAGCCAUUGCCAAGGCGAUAGCUACCACAAUAACUUACCCACUUCAGACAGUUCAGUCGGUUCUGCGGUUUGGACAGCACGGGCAGACCAGAGAACAUUACAAACUACUGAACAGCCUGAGAUCUGUCAUGUAUCUGCUCAUCAAUAGAGUCAGGAAGUGGGGCAUGCUGGGAUUGUUUAAAGGCCUGGAGGCGAAGCUUCUUCAGACGGUCCUCACUGCUGCGCUGAUGUUCUUACUGUACGAGAAGAUUGCUAGCGCCACCUUCAGGGUCAUGGGUGUCAAACGUCCGGUGACAUCCCACUGAUCUCCAACAGGCCUUUUAUGAUAUCACUAAUAUCAUAGGAACUUUCAUAGGCUGCGCUGAGUAUGUAUGUGUUAUGAGUGGUGGUCGACCAAUUAUUGGUGUUUUUAUGGCCAAUGCUGAUGUUUGGAGAAUGUUAAUACGUACACAAAUUAUCACUUAUUUUACACAGUAUUUACUCAAAAUGCACUAAAGGAGUUUGAAAACAGAGAUUGUUUCUCUGUUGACAAGGCUGUUGGUAGAUUAUGUCAUUGUAAUUGCCAUUUUACCUUAAUAAUGACUAAAGAAUUACCAAAACUUGAGCUAGUACUGAAAUUUAAAGGGAUAGUUCUCUCCUCAUUUACUCCCCCUCGUGCCAUCCCAGAUGUUUUUGACUUUCUCUCUUCUGCUGAACACAAAUGAAGAUUUCUAGAAGAAUAUUUCAGCUCUGUAGGUCCAUUCAAUCCAAGUGAAUGGUGACCAAAACUUUGAAGCUCCAAAAAGCACAUAAAGGCAGAAUAAAAGUAAAGACUCCGGUGGUUUAAUCCAUGUCUUCAGAAGAAAUAUGAUAGGUGUGGGUGAGAAACAGAUCAAUAUUUAAGUCCUCCUUUUUACUAUGUGCUUUUUGUGUUUCAAAGUUUUGGACCCUGUUGAUUUGCUUUGUAAGGACCUACAGUGCUGAGAUAUUUUUCUAAAAAUCUUUGCUUGUGUUCUGCAGAAGAAAGAAAGCCAUACACAUCUGGAAUGGCCUAAGCAUGAGUAAGCAAUGAGGGAAUUAUAAUUUGUGGUUGAACUAUUCCUUUAAUUCCUGCUAGGUUGCUUUUUAUGUAGGCUUUUUGAAAGAACAUUUCAUUGAAAAUAUGGACUUCUAUAACCAGCAAAUCUGGGCUUGUAUACAUAGUGUCAAAUAGGAAAAGGUCCUUGUCAAGUAUUUUUCUGUGAUCAACAAUAGAACCUGGUCUUGGAUCAGCCCUGCUGCGUACGUCAUAUAUGGCAACAACCUCAGGACUGUUUUUUCUUGUUCUGUGUAAGUAAUACUUGAUUUUACUUGGAAACACUACCCACUGUAACUGCAACUGACCAUUAACCUAAAAGGUUUAGAGUCUGAACUUUAAAACCAUCUAAUUUCACUAUGCGUAAUAAGAGGUUGUGGAAUAACCAGUUAGUGAGCAAACUUAAUCAGAAACAUCACAUCUCUAUUUUGAAUGUUACUAAAAGUGCAUUUGUACAAAGAUGCUGAGAAUUAUUUUCAGGCUUUUUAAAAGGUCUUGCUCAGCACUAAUGUUCACACUGCAGUGCACAUAUGGUGAAUCACCAUCAUGCAUUGUAGAACAGGAACAGUUAUACAAGUGUAUGCCUGUAGAUAUGUUUUUGUUUUUCUCGAUUGUUAGAACUAUUCUCUAAUCUAGUGUAUCAGAUUGUUGUUUCAUGUAUUUAAUAAUCACAAACUCAGUCAUUUAGAUGAAAGAGUUUCAUUCAUAAAUGAAUGAUCUAAAUUAAUGCAGGAUAAAUUGAUGUAUUUUAAUAAAUAAUAUUGAAUAUUUAUGUACUUGUUACUUAAGGGAAUAAAC